UGGUUCUAAGUGGUAGCGCAUGCAACACCAAAAAUAUGACAAUAACAGGUAUCCAACAAGGAACGGGUGCACCUCUGCUGGUCUUGGCACUUUUUGCAAAUUAUCAAAUUAUACCUUCAACCAGUGCAGCUCCAAUAGAUUGCCAGAAGAACACUGCUGUCUGCUCAGAAGAAAUUAUAAAGGAACUGACCCAAGUUCGAUUUGGGAUUAAAAUUCUCACGGAGAACAUAACGUUGGUGAGAUCUAAAAACUGUGCUGAGCUGUACAAAUCCGGUCGAAGGAUCAGCGGUGUUUACACAAUCGACCCAGAUGGUUCAGGCGCCUUCGAUGUAUAUUGUGACCAUACAACAGCUGGUGGGGGAUGGACAGUGAUGCAGAAGAGAAUGGAUGGCUCCGUUGAUUUCAACCGCACUUGGAAUGAAUACAAACAAGGCUUCGGUAACUUGGUCGGUGAAUUUUGGCUCGGACUGGAUAAGAUAAACCGUCUCACCAGAGACAAGACAAAAAACAAGCUUCGAGUAGAUCUGGGAGUAAUAAAUGGGAAAACUGUUCGCCCUGAGUAUGGCUGGUUUGGCAUUGGGAACGAGACAGCUGAGUACCAGCUGUACAUUGGCAAUUUUAUAAAUGCCACUGUUUCCCCUGAUUCCCUAAGUCCUCGCGGAGAUUUCGUUUUCGGUACCUGGGAGAUCCCGCUGGUUGUACUCAAAAAAGAGGUGGAGGCUGGUGAUAUGGCAACAGUAGCAGAUGUGCUGUUUGGUCAAAUCUCAAUGGUAUUUAUCCGCGUUGUGGAUAUAAAACCUGGGCCGAUAUUCACUGGGGAAGAUUAG